AUGGCCGCCUAUGGAAGCCCUGGUCGUGCCCUAGCGCCGCCCGUCUUUGUCCCCGCUUCGCCGUGCCGCUUGCCUAGCGCUACGCCGCGCGCGCCCACACUCCCUGCGCCGCCGUCACCGUGCUUGCCGCCUGCCCCGCGCGCGCUCGCCUCGCUGCUACCUCCUGUCGCACUCGACGCCGAAUCCUCUACCGCGCCACCGCGGGCCCUCCAGCCUUCGACCGCCGCAGGCCCCGCCUCGUCGCGCCAUGCUCACCGGCGGCGCGCCUUGGCCGCGGCCAAGCCUCGGGCGUGUGUGCGCGAGCCCUGGCGGGUCCGUCCCGCCCCGCCGCCCUCCCACGGCCCGCGCCCGCUUCGCCCCUCCGCAGCUCCUGCCGUGCCCCGCGACCAGCCGGCGCCCUGCUGCUGCACAUGCUCCGCCACGACCGCGCCCGUCCCUCGCAUCGCCGACGCGCCGCCGCCACCAGCCACCACUGCCCGCCGGUGCCCGCUGCUGUAUGGCGCCCCCACGAGCUUCCCCCGUCCCGCACCUACCCGGCCACCCCCAUACCCUCUCGCCGCCGGCCACCUCCCCACCGCACCGCCGCGCUGUUCCGGCCGGCGCCCGCGCGGCCCCUUGCCGCCGGCGCUCGCGCCCGCCCCCUCCCUCGUCGCCUGGGCAGGCUACGGCCUCUGGCACGGGCGCCACACCCGUGCGCCCUUUAGCCCACGCCCGCUAUUGGCCAUGGGCCACUGA